GCCAACAUGUACUUUCGGCUAAGAUAACGCGAAAAAAACCACCACGCUGGGAAAUCCAACAAUCUAUCGAGAAAAAAAAUGGCGCAACAAAAGAAGGCAAAUAACGAGCAUAGCGACGAGAGUAAAAAAGAGGCUGAAAUCGGUGCGAAAUGUCGGGGACCCGGGCCAUCGAAAUAUCUUCUUCCUGGAACUGUAGGAAUUAAAGGACAUGAUAUUCGCAAGCAGAGAUGUCCGGCAUUUAGUUUUGGCCAACGACAUAAAGAAUUUUCGUCCAGUUUUAGUCCUGGUCCAAAGUACAUGUUCACUGCUAAUGUAACACGAAAUGGAAAGGAAACAGCCCCUGCGUUUUCACUCUACAGUCGCACAACGGAUAAAGUCAACCUUUACACACCUGGCCCAGGACAAUACUCUCCAGAAAAAUUCCAUCCCCCCCACGAACGAAGCGAACCAAGCUUUACCUUUGGGAAACGUAUCAAAAUAUUAUUUAAGAACCCCACCCCCUCACCAAAUUCCUACUCCCUCCCACCCCUCAUAGGACCAAAGGGGGUUAACAAGGCUUCAGCCCCGGCUUACUCGUUGAGUGGACGCUCUACUAUUGGCGGAUUCAGCGAAGAUCUUAAAAAGACACCCGGCCCGGGAACUUACGAGGUAAUUCAUCUCAAUACAAGUAAAAGGAGAAUGCCAGCAUACACUAUGAACGGACGAAACUACAUGCCAACAGAUACCACCUUAAAACCAGGACCGGGACAACACAGCCCUGAAAAGGUUGCGUAUCACAGACCAUCUGCCCCAAAAUUCAGCUUCGGUAUUCGCCACAGUGAUUACAUGACUGUUCCAUUAAUUGCACGUAACUAAUCCGCCCGUCAAAGAAGUGACGUUAUAAUUACGAGUUCAGUAGAAAUGUACAGAAUAUUUAGCGAGAUACGUACGAUAUGCGAGUUAUCUAUCACCGACCUAUAAAGAUGUUUCUAAGAGAGGGAAACUUCUCCCAGAUCGGAAUUUAAUUCAACUGCUGUGUUGUUUCAAAACAGUUUUGCAGUUAAAAUGUCUUUAAUGAAUUGACGGAUCCGUUCUGGCGUUAUCUCUCAUAAAGUCUUUUGCCAGAAAAUGUAAGUACCAAUUACGUUAAUAUAUGCAAUUUGUAAAAUAUCCUGUCUAAAUUUUUGAAGAAAAUAAAAAUGGAUAGAAGUCUCGGCCAUAAUGAAGCUGUGAACAAUGUCAACGGCAAAUGAAACUUCACUUCGUAAAAAUAAAUCGUUUCACGCCUCAA